CACACAGGAGUCUCUGCAGAAUGGCAACUGCUCAGAAGCAAAGGAACUCUGUGAGUGCAAUUGUAUUUCCUAAGAAAAUAGCCACAGAGCAGCAAUCCCUGAUGCUGGUGAAGAGGCUCCUGGCAGUGGCAGUGUCCUGCAUCACGUACCUGAGGGGAAUCUUUCCUGAAAGUGCCUAUGGAACCAGAUACAUGGAUGAUGUCUGUGUCAAAAUUCUGCGGGAAGACAAAAACUGUCCUGGCUCUACCCAGCUGGUGAAAUGGAUGCUAGGAUGCUAUGAUGCCUUGCAGAAGAAAUAUCUGAGACAGAUUGUCCUAGCAGUCUGUACCCAGCUGGACGAUCCUCAGACAGUCACAGAGUGUUACCACUUCAAGUUCACAUACACCCACAAUGGGCCGCUCCUGGAUUUUGGCAGCAAGGACAAGAAGUCAGACUCCACCAUCACCUGUGCAGACACCAAGAAGGCCAGCAUCCUCCUCCUCCGCAAGAUCUACAUCCUGAUGCAGAACCUGAGCCCUCUGCCCAAUGAUGUCUGCCUCACCAUGAAACUCCUGUACUAUGAUGAGGUUACACCCCCUGAUUACCAACCUCCAGGGUUCAAGGAGGCCAGGGAUGAGGGGCUGAUGUUUAAUAUGGAGCCCAUUUACCUGAAUGUGGGGGAAGUGCCAACGCCUUUUCAUAUGCUGAAGUUGAAAAUUACAACUGAGAAACAGCGCAUGGAGAAUGUUGAUAAGAACACCCUAAAGCAGGGAGAGACUGCUGAGCUUCUCCAGGAGAACCCUGUCUUGGAUAAUGAAGAUAAGAAUCAUGUAAAUACUUCAGAAGCUCAAGAAAAGAAUUCAACUCAUGAAGAGGAAGCUGGAGGGAUCCAGACUCCCCCCCGUGUUUCUAAUUCUCAGGUUGAUCAUUUGACCCAUAAAACGUCUGAGCUGAUUGUGUCAGAGAGCAGGACAAGAAGUGGAAAGAUAUUCCAAAGCUGCAUUGUGCAGCAGGCUGAGCUCUCCUCCAGCCAGGACGUGCUGCCCAAAAGGAGGAAGCUCAGCGAGCCCAAGGAGCAGUUUUAGCCGCCCACCUCCCGCUGGCCCGAGUUCUCUGCUCUCAUUCUCUUGUUCCACGUUGCUGUUGGGUUUUAAGGAUCUGUUCUGCUCCAUUAGCAGACCCCCAGGAGUGUGUUUUAAGGAAGGAAAAUGUCAGGAAGCCCAGCCGAAGAAUUUCAAACUAAUUUUGUACAGGACCAUCAGGCAGCGUCAGAAAUCCUCGGAUUUGGGGGUUUGUGGGUUGGCUCCAGGUCCUGAUGGUGAUGGAGGAAAUUCAUCGGUUUCACCAGUGCCUUUGGGCUGUGGUUCCGAGCUCAGAACCUGCCUUGCCCCAAAACCUCUCCAGUUUUGGGGUCAUUUCCAGAGCUUUCCAAAGGGCUGGGCUGUCAGUUACAGGUUGUUAAGAGUUUUGGGGUUACAGUGUUUGCUUUUCCUACCGGGACAGUUGGAGGAGUUGGAUGCUUUGCAUUUCUGCCAGACCAGAAGCACCAUACUCAGGUGAAAAUCCAGCCCUCUUCAUGCCUUAAAUUCCAGCCUCCCUGCCAGAGAAGGCAGGAAUCUCUCAUGCCAGGUCUCCAGGCCAGGAAGAGCCGUGGUAGCGUCUGUUCCAAGGUGUCAGAGCACGGGGAGAACCUGCGUGUCCUUGGAACGAUUUCUGGCACAGGUUUCUCCUCCAACACCGAACCCUUCUCCGGCUGCCGUCAGGGAAUGGAGGCACGGGCGGGGACAGCUGAACGAUUCUUGACGGUUUUGGCUUUGCAAUUAAGAAUGUUCAUCAUCAGUCCUCUAUUAAACGGCGUUCGCCUUCGGCAGCAGCGAGCUCCGUUACCGGAGGGAUGGGCCGGGAGCAGGGAGAGGACAGGAACGGGAUGGGGAGACGGGACAAGAACAGGAACGGGAUUGGACACGGAAUAGGACAUGGGACGGGACAAGAACAGGAAGGGGA